AUGAGGGCUUUGUACCGUGCCUGUACGGCGGUGCUCUCAGUGCUGCUGGUGGUUUGCUGCGUGGAGGCCUUCAUUUUCAGUUCUUCACCCAGAUAUGCUCGCUCUCCUCAACAUGGACGGCAUCGAACCUGCGCGUUACGGCUCAGUGCUAACGAAAAGUUUCCCUUGAAGAACGACCUUUUAGUGCGCGCGGCCAAGGGAGAAAAGGUGGAGCGUACUCCGGUGUGGUUGUUCCGACAAGCUGGAAGGCAUCUACCCGAAUAUAGCGCCUACAAGAACGAGAAGGGAAAGAACUUCCUGGAGUUGCUGCAGGACCCAGAUGACGUUGCGGAGGUGACUAUGCAGCCUAUUCGGAGAUACAACCUGGAUGCCGCCAUCUUGUUUUCCGACAUCCUCGUGGUGCCACAGGCAUUGGGAAUCGAUGUGGAAAUGCCGGGUGGCGUAGGAAUCCUGGUGCCUCAUCCUCUCAAAGACCCCGCUGAUUUUGAGGCCCGCAUCCCGAAGGAGGUGGACGUGAAGGAUAAGCUGUCCCACGUGAUUCAGGCGGUCACGCGCAUCAAGGAGGAGCUGAAAGGAAAGGUGCCAUUGAUCGGCUUCAGCGCAGCACCGUGGACGCUCAUGUUCUACAUGGUGGGCGGCAGCAGCAAGAAGAACACCGACUCGGGGGAGAGGUGGCUCCAAGAUCAUCCUGAGGCUUCAGCAAAGAUGAUGGACUUGCUCACUGGUGUAGUCAUCGACUAUAUGGCAGCGCAGGUGGAGGCUGGGGCUGACAUUCUGCAGGUGUUCGAAGCCAUGGGUGGGUUCAUUAGCGAGGACCACUUCUAUGACCGAGCCAUGCCGUACCUGACCAGGAUUGCAUCUGAGCUGAAGGAGCGGUGCCCGGGAGUGCCGUUGAUGGUUUUCGCGAGAGGUGCCACGUACGCUAACGUCGCUUUGCAGGCAGCCGGGUACGACGUGGUGACCAUGGACACUGAGACGGGGCGAAAAGCUACCCGUGAUGCCCUGGAAGAGGCAGCGAGAGAGACCGGGAGGGAACCAGCGGUGGUACAGGGCAACUUCGACCCGCGGCUGCUGACUGAUGAAAGCUCAAUGAGCGAAAUCAACGUCCGCGAGGCGACGGAAACAAUGAUGAGAGAGCUGGGCCCCCAGAAGCUCAUCGCGAACCUGGGUGAGGGUCUAAUGGGAAAGGAGGACCCCAAGAGCGUGGCCGCCUUUGUAGACGCCAUUCACGAUUACUCGGAACAACUGAUUCGGACAGGAGCCGCGGCGGAGACAGCCGCAGCGCACUAGUCCCUUGGGAUCCAUAGUGUCUAAAUAGCUUUUGGCUGUGUUAGGGUUGAAGAUCCGUAGUCUUUGGUCUCUGGAGCUAUUAUAGUGCUGUUGCUGACGUCCACUAAUCGUAGGUAGGAGUCCAUUUGUUGCAUUUGAGCGGCCGAGUAAGUUCUUGUCCACCUGCUCGCCGGAUUUCAAAACUGGCGACACUGGUGCAAUCACGCAACAUUUUUUUUU